AUGUCAAAGCAGACUAGCACUCAAAACUUCACCGUGGUAGUAUUACUAUUACUAUUGUUGUGCUCAAAUGUAAAUGGUGGUCCUUUAGCUUAUAUAGCAUGUGUUACUAUAUGUUCAAGUGGAUGUUCAGCAGGAACGGCCCUAACUGGUACUCCACUAUGCUUGGCUGCCUGUCAAACAAUGUGUGCACCCUUAUUGGCAGCUCCAUCGCCAUAA